UGCUUUUCUUAAAACUAAUGUUUUUUUUUCUAAAAUUGGAUGAGGGCAUACGCGUGUCUUACUCGUUCCUUUGUAAACUAACCAUUAUUUUGUACAAUAUUCUAGGUGGUUGUUAACGCCUUAAUAGGAGCCAUUCCAUCUAUCUGCAACGUGUUUAUGGUGUGCCUGAUCUUCUGGUUGAUUUUCUCCAUCAUGGGCGUCAAUCUACUGGCCGGAAAAUUCUACAGCUGCAAGUGGGACAAUGGCACCAUAGUUGUGGCUGAAUGGACGGGAAUAUACACGCGCGAUAAUUGUUCGGCGCAUAACUUGACGUGGUCGGCCCCAAGCAUAACCUUCGAUAACGCGUUAGUGGGAUAUCUUGCGCUGUUGCAAGUGGCCACAUUCAAGGGGUGGGUGCCUAUUAUGACUAACGCCAUAGACGCAGUUGAUGUGGACAUGCAACCACGGCGAGAGCACAACGUCCUGAUGUACCUCUACUUCGUCAUCUUCAUUCUCUUCGGCUCCUUUUUCACCCUUAACCUCUUCAUUGGUGUUAUCAUUGAGAAUUUCAACUCACAGAAAAAGAAGAUACGUGUUAACUUUGUCAUGUUUUCCCAAUAUUAACUGUAUUUCCAUUUUUUGUAAUGAAAUGAUGUUGUCAUUCUUUUCCCCAGCUUUUGCUGAACUCAGAGAAACCCUUCUAUGAACUAUCAGGCUUUGGGCCAGUGGAAUUUCAUGUCGGCUCUCCUUCA